AUGUCCGAUUCCAACAGUUCAGCCGAAGCAGUGAAGGAGGAAAAGCCGAAGAAGAAAGCGACCAAGAAACGAGCAAAGGUGGAUGAUAGUUCAUCGGACGAAGGUGUUAUUGAUGCAACACCAAUGCUGGAAUUGGGCAAAAUGCGUUAUGUAACAGUCCGCUCAUUCAGAGGCAAACCACUUAUCGAUAUUCGUGAAUAUUAUUUGGACAAGGUUCGAUUUUAA